AUGGUUGUCUGCAAUCUUCACGUGGUCGCAUUAAAGUCGGGCACAUCCCCCGCCGCCUUUCUUGCCAAGAUCCGCCAACAUGACAUGAAGCCCAUAUUCCAAGCCCAGGUCCUGCGCUGGAUGAUUCUACCGACGCACAAUUCCGCCGGGCAUCUCUUGAAUCGCAAUCUGCGCUGGGACCUGGUCUUGGGACUCGACGCGUCGACCUCGAUCCCGUCGGCUCUGCAGCCCGUCAUCGAGGCCAUUUGGACCGUCUCCUGCGGGGCCUCGGCCCGGGUCCUCGCAGACUACAGCAAGCGCAACGCCGCGCUGCUCAAGCCAGAGCCCGGCUCCGUGCCCCAGGUCGAGCUGCCAGACGUGUCGCAAUCGUCAAACUCGCAGAACCUUGAAUUCUCCCCCGAGCUCGGCGAGUGGAUCUCCACCAUGCCGCCCGCCCUGCAAAACCACCCCGUUUCCAUGCUGAACCUCCUCGCCUUUAACGAGGGCAAAAAGGACGACUACGUCCGGUACGGUAAAGAGUUCUCGUCGCGGGUGGGCGCGCGGUACGGCGGCAACGUCAAGAUUGCGGCGCGCGUCGUGGACGGCGAGGGCCAGCGCGCCAGGGACGAGGGAUGGGACGAGAUUGCCUUUGUGCACUAUCCCACGGUCAAGCACUUUGCCGCCAUGUCGGCGAGCCGCGAGUACCAAGAGGUCAACCAACAGUACCGGCUGGGCGCGCUCAAGGAUACCUUUAUCUUGUGUACCGUGGAGAUUGAUGAUCAUGGCGAACUUGCUGGAGGGAGAGCCGCACUUGAGAGACUGUAG